UAAUUACUUAGACAUCUUCAACAUUAAAAAUAUCAUCUAUUAAUACAGCCAACAAUUCUGGGUUUUAUUCUGACGUGGCAUUCAUCAGGACCGGCGGCGUGUACGCCACGCUUGGCAGGAGUUGUGCACAGACCCUUCAGCGGCGCGUGGGGUUGGGAACUUCCUCCUCCCCGUCAUACCCCUAGGCAGUUCAUAGGCCGUUAAGGGACCAACUUGCCUGCAGAGAUCAAAAGCGAAGGGCUUUAUCGUCAUUGCAAGUUCAAUCUGAGACGUGUCCGGUUUUCCCGCCAAGCUCAAUCGACUCGGCGGCUAUAAAAGGGUCCCCGGAGUUCCGUCUCCGAGCGCAACUCGGUCGUGCAGUCCACCGAGUCAGCGCGGAGAAAACGAAGAAGAGGAAGAAGAAGAACAUAAAACCGCUGAAAAGAAACCGGUAUUAUUUGUAGGGUAGAAAAAGGUGAAGGUGCUGAAGAGAUGAUGAAAUCUGAAGAAAUGGAGAGCGGGUUGGAGUCCGUUGAAGAGCGUGAAUCCGGGAAUUUCGGGUGUGCCCAUUACAGGAGAAGAUGCAAGAUCAGAGCACCCUGUUGUAAUGAAAUUUUUGAUUGCAGGCAUUGCCAUAAUGAAGCUAAGAAUUCAAUGGAUGCCAACCCUCUUGAGCGGCACGAUAUUCCUCGCCAUGAAAUUAAACAGGUUAAAUGCUCACUGUGUGGCACAGAACAGGAUGUUCGGCAGAAUUGCAUUAGCUGCGGGGUUUGCAUGGGGAAGUACUUCUGCUCCAAAUGCAAUUUCUUCGAUGAUGAUGUUUCGAAGAACCAAUACCAUUGCGAUGAAUGUGGCAUCUGCAGAACUGGAGGCAAGGAGAAUUUUUUCCAUUGUAGGAAAUGCGGGUGUUGCUAUUCAAAGUUGAUUAAGGAUACUCAUCGCUGCGUAGAAAAAGCUAUGCACCACAAUUGCCCUGUUUGCUUCGAGUUUCUAUUUGAUACCUUAAAAGAUAUUAAUGUGUUACCAUGUGGACAUACAAUACAUUUGGAAUGCGCAAAAGAGAUGGAGCUGCAUUUCAGGUAUUCAUGCCCAAUCUGUUCUAAAUCCAUCUGGGAUAUGUCCAACUUGUGGAAAAUGCUUGAUGAACAGGUUGCUUCAACUCCAAUGCCCGAAAUGUACCAAAACAAGAUGGUGUGGAUACUGUGCAACGAUUGUGGGGAAAAAUCUGAAGUCCGUUUCCACAUUGUGGCGCAUAAAUGCCUGAAGUGCUGCUCCUAUAAUACCACACAGACACGAGGAGCCCCUGCUCCUUCAUGCUCAUCCAGUGUUGCUGAGAUGGUGGGAUGAUUAGUGCAUGGUUCUGUGGUUUACCCAUGCUGACCACUCUCUUUCAUGGAUGAGCACAAAAGGAAACUUUUCGAAAGUGCAAUAUUUCUUGUUCAAAACUGAGCAAAGAAGAUUCCAACACAAAAAAUGGACCGAGAGUUUGUCUGGGCUACAGGGUUGAAUAUGCGUUCCCCUGUUGUUGAAUACAAACAAAAUCCACUGUUAAUGCAA